CUAUCAAAGUCAAUCUGUCAGGUCAGCCUAUUGUUUGUUUUGUUGACGGUGUUUUUAUUAUUUACUUAUCUUUUUUUAAAGAAACAAACCAGAUGGUGUUGUUGAAAAUGUGGCUAAAACCUUAUUAAUUAUUUAAUUUUAAACGUACUUAUUACCACCAGAUGUGGGUGGAUAUAUACCGAUAUGGAUAUAUAUACUUGCGAAUUAGAUCCCGACACUAAAACUGUUUUGAGGUUAUAUUUGUUUACCAAAGUACAGAAUGUUGAUGUAAUAAAAAACAAUAUUAUUAAUGGUAUUUGGAAUUGUGCAGUUAUCAAAGCCAGUUUAAUAGCAGAUCCGCUGCAGGUGGCAGUGGCUGCGAACAAAGCCGUGGUCGCGGAGAAACUUAAUUCUAUGGUCACUAAAACUGUAUUUGCUGAAAUUUUAUACAACUUGUCUCUCACCAAAAAUAUUUCCCAGAGCCUCAAUAAGUUCGGAAUUGAUAAAGACAACAGCCUGCUCUUUUGUUUUCUAAUAACAGAUGAAAAGAAUGACACAGAAAAUAUAAUUUCUAAAGUUGAGGGUGAGCAGCGACCCAUCAGCGAUCUUGCGAAAUACUCCAACAUGAAAGACAUUAAGAGCUUGUACAAGCUGAACAACUUGAAGGGUAAUGAGGAUAUAGUGGAUAUAAUUGUAAGCAAGAUGGUUACAAAAAACUUUAUUUCGCAUUAAUAAAUAAUUUAUUGAUUUA